AUGGGUUUUAAAGUGAUAAUCAUCGGUGCCGGCCUGGCGGGCUCACUGCUAGCUAAUGGGCUGCUAAACAAUGGCAUUGAGGUCAGUGUGUACGAACGCGACAAACAAGAGUCCCAGAAAACAGGUUAUCUCAUCCGCCUUGGUGAAGAUGCAACUCUGGGUUUUCGCGCCUGUCUCUCCGAGUCUCAGGUAGCCGCUAUUCACGGAAAGUUCUCCCAGACAGACCUCUCGCUGUCCACAGCUCCAGCGAUUUACUCGUACCAAUAUCGGCCCCUGGUGGACCUCAGCCGCUUGCCGGGUUACACCAAGGCUGGUUCGAUCAACCGCCUAGUCCUACGCGAUGAGCUGAUGAAACCAAUCAAGGAGGCUGGCAAGGUCCAGUUUGGGAAGACUUUCAGUCAUUAUAAGAUUGUCAGCCUUGGGGAUGACAACGAGCAAGUAGUGGUUUAUUUUAAUGACGGCACCUCUGACCGGUGCGACGUGCUCAUCGGAGCUGAUGGGAGUGCAUCCAGAAUCAAUGAACAGGUGGGAGCACGAAAUCUGGUCGAAAUAAAAAGUCACUGGUCAUUUCACGCGAAAGGAAGUCUACCACUCGAACGCGUCCAGCAACUUCCGAGAAAGCUCCUAGAAGCCCCCCUCGCGGUGUUUCACAAGGGGGCUUUGUUAUACUAUGCUCUCUAUAUUCCUUCCUCAGGCCGGUUACUACAAGACAAGCAUGAUAUUGUUGACGGCAAAUAUGACGAGUCGGUGGCAUCCUUCUACUGGGGACUGAAUAUCCCGCGACAGGACAUCCCGUAUAAGGACCUGUCUGAUAUCCCAGAUCGCCGGAAGCUUUGUGAAAAAUAUAUCCAGGAUUGGGCCCCUGAACUUCGCACGAUGAUAGCCCUCGGAUCGACCGACAAUGAUGCCGACGACAUGUACGCCGCUAAGCUACGUGCGAGUACUCCACUACCAGAUGACUGGCGUUCACGAUGCCAAGUUAAAUCGAUCGAAGAGGGGCAUCCUCGGGUCUGGUUACUUGGUGAUGCAGCACAUGCCAUGCUGCCUAACAGGGGCCAGGGCGGGAACCAAGCGCUACGUGGCUGUGACGAUAUCUUGCCGGAACUCCUUUAUCUCAAUGACGAAGCGCGGAAGGGGAGGAGUCUCUCAUCGGAUGAUAUUGGAAAAGCGUGUAGUCGGUACGAGCGGAGGAUGUUUCCCCGUGCAUUUGACUGGGUGAAGAAGAGUGGGGGCAUCGAUGCCGAUCCCCCAUUUCCUCUGGAUGGCAUGGUUGGAUAUGUUAUUUCGAUUAUUGCGAGUGUUGCAAUCCCAGUUGUUGUUUUUGCUAGUAGGAUUAGCCACUUGUUCGUCAGUCUGUUCUAG